CCUCAGGGGACCCGUCCUCCGGGCGGCCAGGGGGCUCGGGCUAUAAGAGUGGCUGGAGAGUGAUCCCGAGGGUCUGCUUUUCUCCUCGGCUUCCUCCUGCUUUCGCUCCUCAACGAAUACCUGGCAGCUAUGGAGUCCCCGUUGAAUGAAGCUAUUUGUAGCAUCAUCCUCAUCUUCCACAAAUAUUCAAGCAGAGAAGGUGACAAGAACACCCUAAGCAAGAAGGAGCUGAAGGAGUUGAUUGAGAAUGAACUGAGCCUUGGAUCUAAAAUUGAAGAUGCAGAAAUUGUGGAAUUGAUGAAUAGUCUGGACGAGAACAAGGAUGAAGAAAUGAACUUCCAGGAAUUUAUCUCUUUCCUUGGGACCUUGGCUUUGAUCUACAAUGAACUUCUGAAGGGAGAGUAAAUAAUUUGAAGAAAGGGAAAUGGGUGUGGGGGUGCUCUCCCUGGGCCCCUAACUGACCUGCCACAGCAAUGGGUGUGUAGUGGAGAUUUUGUACAUUAAAUAAAGUUUGAACCUGU